AAAUUAUUGACAACCGUUGAGCUAUGUUUCGAUUUACGUUACACUAAUGGGAUUACGCGACGACCCGAAUGCGGUCACUGAAUCUUUCUGUCCGAAUCAGAAUUUUUACUAAUAUAUAUAAAUGAAUCUCUAUCACCUUCUUCUCCCUCUAUCUGCCUUAUGUAAUGAAAAUAAUUCCGUAACAUCAAAAUUUAAACUCUCAAGUGUGAAAUUAGUUAACCUUUUCUUGGUUCCUACUUGUGACUCUUGAGUUUGUUAUUCCUUUGUUAUCCCAAAGAUGGAACCGAACUUGGAUUUGAGUUUGGCCUUUGUCCCCAUUUCUGAGAUUCUUAGUGAGGUUUCUCAGGGCAAAGAUGGGUCUCAGAAAAACGAGGACUUUGUUCAAAGGUUGGAAGAUGAGAAGAGGAAGAUCGAGGCCUUCAAACGGGAGCUUCCUCUUUGCAUGAUGAUUGUAAACGAUGUUAUAAGUAGAUUGAAAGGGGAAAUAAAGGGUGUAAGAAUGCAAGAUAAACCUGUGGUUGAGGAAUUGGUGCCACUUAUGGAAACCAAUUCUGAAGAAAAUGGGUCUUUGAUUGCGAGAAAGGAAAAAAGCAGUGACACGAAGAAAUGGAUGAACCUUUUUCCGCUAUGCAACGCUGAAACCAAUCCGAGGAAUAAAGAGGGUGAUCGGUGUGUGCCAAAGAAUCCAAUUCAACCACAGAAGGAGACCGACGAGAGUGGAGGAACAUCAUCACUAGCAUUCAAUGGAAACAAGUGUGUCUCGAAGACAGUGAUGAGGGAUGACAAGGUUCCUAGCCUUGGUUUGACGACUCCAAUGUUUGAAUUGAAUCAUAGAAAAACAGAAAGUGGUUGUGGACACAGUUCAUCAUUAAUUACAAGUCCAGUUAAAAGUAAGGGUCAAUUGCAAUCACUGCAGAAUACCAAAAAACAAAGGCGAAGUUGGUCACCAGAGCUUCAUCGAAAAUUUGUUGAUGCGCUUCAACAAUUAGGAAGACCACAAGUGGCCACUCCAAAGCAGAUCAAAGAACUGAUGCAGGUGGUUGGCCUCACAAAUGAUGAAGUGAAAAGCCAUUUGCAAAAGUACAGGCUUCAUUUUAAAAGGCCACAAGUUUGUUCAAAUGGGCAGGGUAAUAAUAGAAAUAGUGGGUUAGGCAUGAUGGCAGAAGAUAAAUCAAAGGGAAAUUUAUCACAAUCUGGUUCUCCACAAGGUCCUCUGUUCCUAGGAGGAUCUGGUAAAGGUCUUUCAAGCUCUGGACGCAACAGCACAGAGACAGAAGAAGAUGAGCAAUCAGAUUGUCGCAAUUGGAAAGGGGGGCUUCACCCAACCAGAAGUUGACUUUUUAUGAGCCUUUUGAAAUUUUCAGAUACAUAGAAUAAAGUAUAUAAUAUAUUUGAAGAGUCGAAAUUUGACAGCAGAAAAAUAAUAGACCUAACAGAUAUGAUAGAAGGGAUCCAAUCCAAUGGAUAUUAGAAUUGUAUGAUGAGACUUGUAGAGUGAGCGGUAGAGGUUUUAUGGUGUUGAGGUUUUUGUUAUGACAAAUAUAUGUUGUUGGUAGAAUGGUAGGUGUAAAUUUAUCCACUCAAUUUCCCGAGUUUAACUCU